AUGGGCUUAAACAAAGCCUCUAGACAGUGGAAUAUCAAAUUAACCACUGCCUUGCUUGAUUUUGGCUUCACUCAGAGUCACCUUGACUAUUCUUUACUCACAAAGAAAGUAGAAGACAAGUUAGUCAUUGUUCUGAUUUAUGUUGAUGACCUCCUCAUCACAGGGAAUGGUCCUUCUCUGAUUCAAGACACAAAAGAUGUGUUGCAAAGCAACUUUAAGAUAAAGGAUUUGAGAGAUCUUAGGUACUUUCUUGGCCUAGAGUUUGCAAGAACUAAGGAUGGCAUCCUCAUGCAUCAGAGGAAAUAUGCCUUAGAAUUGAUUUCUGAUUUGGGGAUAGCUGAUUCCAAGCCUCUUGGUGCUCCUCUAGAGCUAAAUCUCAACCUUACUUCUAAAGAAUUUGAUCAAUAUGUUGGACAAUCUCAGGACACCUUGUUACCUGAUCCAGGAGGCUAUCAGAGACUUAUUGGUCGACUACUCUAUCCCACCAUCAACAGGCCAGAUAUUUCCUAUGUUGUUCAAUGCCUUAGUCAGUUUAUGCAUGCUCCUAAGGCUUCUCAUAUGGAGGCUGCUACUAGAGUGGUGAGAUUUGUGAAGUAG